CACGUUUGUGGCGUCAUAUCCGGUCGCGGCCUCCGCUGCGGUCUUCCUUAUUCUGUAAGAAGUCUGUAAGCGAGGAGCGGCACCAGAAACGAAUUAAACAUUUCCUCUACCGACUUGAACUAUAUUUUCGCAUUUGGAGAUCGAAGUAAACAGCAUUAAUCGUCUUCACACUGUGAAUGGAUCAUGGAGUGUGUUCCUGCUGUUCUAGAUGAGUUGGAUGGUAAAAAGGAGGUGCACAUAGAGGAUCCUGAGUAUAAUGUCUACACCCGCUUUAUGAAAUCCCACCGCUGCUAUGAUCUGGUGCCCACCAGCUCAAAGUUAGUGGUGUUUGACACUUCUCUCCAGGUAAAGAAGGCGUUCUUUGCCCUAGUGUCUAAUGGGGUGAGAGCAGCGCCUCUCUGGGACAGCAAGAAGCAAUGCUUUGUUGGUAUGCUGACCAUCACAGAUUUCAUCAAUAUACUUCAUCGCUAUUACAAGUCUCCUCUGGUCCAGAUAUAUGAGUUAGAAGAGCACAAAAUAGAGACAUGGAGAGAGGUCUACUUGCAAGAUUCCUUCAAGCCUCUCGUGAGCAUAUCGCCCAAUGCCAGCCUAUAUGAUGCAGUUUCAUCUCUACUGAAACAUAAGAUCCACAGAUUACCCGUGAUUGAUCCUCUAACUGGAAACACACUCUACAUCUUGACACACAAGAGGAUCCUCAAAUUCCUGAAACUCUUUAAACACAGAGUUCCUUUUCAUGAUGAUGCUCAUAAUCUCUCCCAGAUAUCUGAAAUCCCCAAACCAGCGUUUCUGUCACAAACACUGGAGGAGUUAAACAUCGGAACGUUUCACAACAUCGCAGUGGUUCACGCCGAUACGCCACUCUACUCCGCGCUGGGCAUCUUCGUGGAUCAGAGAGUGUCCGCCCUUCCUGUGGUGGAUGAAAAUGGACGUGUGGUUGACAUCUAUUCCAAGUUUGAUGUUAUAAAUCUGGCAGCAGAGAAGACGUACAAUAACCUGGACAUCACUGUGACUAAAGCACUCCAGCAUCGCUCGCAGUAUUUUGAGGGUGUGCUCACCUGCCGAGCCAGUGAGACCCUCGAGGCCAUUAUCAACCGACUAGUGGAGGCUGAGGUUCACAGGUUAGUGAUCGUGGAUGAACAGGAAGUUGUGAAAGGCAUCGUCUCUCUGUCUGAUAUCUUGCAGGCUUUGGUGCUCACCAGUGGGGAUGACGGAAGUGCUUGAUGGAAGAACAGUGAAGGACGGCAUCUCUCUGGUUCCUUCCCUCUCAAUAAGCUGGAAGGUGAUCCAUAAAAAGGAGAACAUCUAUGAUAUGCAACCAACUCAAAAACAGGAGUUAAUCAAGCACAACAGAUUUAUUUACAGAUCCAGAUGCUCCAUUGAAGAAAGAGACGUGCAGAAAAGAAAUUGCUUUUCUAAGAAGAAACUCUUUUUAAUAAUUGAGCCCUAAACCCUCUUACCACUUCAGGGAGUGGUAUAGGAAAUAUUUUAACUUCAAAUUGUUUUAGUUAUCUCGCUCGACACUCUUUUUGCUGAUGAGACGUCCGUCUUUCACAUUAUUUCCCUCUUCUUCUGUCCUCAUAGAAGGAAAAUACAUGAGCAUUGAAAAUGCAGAUGAGAUUAAGGUGAAGGUAGGAUUGUCUGGACUGCAGAAAUUAGGCCUAAAGGCCAAAGCUUGAACUGGGAACUAGUCAUUUAUGUUUUGUGCAGGUGUUUAAGUGUCAGUGGAGAAAAACCAAGUAUGUGAAUUCAUACUGAGAGACUGAAACAUUCCGUUAUUGUCCUGGACGUGAUUUUGCAGGGUAUUGUAGCGUAUUUUUCUAUCUCAUGGGCAUUUGAUAUUGAAGAGGGUUGUCCUCUAAAGCCAGAUCUACACUACACACUGAGACACAAACAGCCACUCUCAGUAUUUGGGGAAGUUUCAUUGGUUUAUUCUGAUCCAGUUUCUCUGAACAACUUCCUUUACAUUGUGAACAUUGAGGAAAGGAAGGGAGAUCUUUGCUAAAAUGUUUUGAUAUUCAUUGAAUAUUUAUAUUAUUGGAAAAACAAUUACUGCUCAAUGUUAUUAUCAUCAUGUAUAUUUAGUAUAUUACCACAAAUACAUUUUCUUUUUCUGAUGCAGUUUCAUUUCUAGUUGAUUUCUACUGAUUUUAUUCUGCUUUAGUUGUUUUAAGGUCCAUUCAUGUUUUGUUUUUUUUAAUGAAUUAUCAGCAUUUACCCCACCCCCAACUUUCAUAACCCAAAUAUCAGAUUGCAUCUUGACACACUUGUUUUUAUUGUAGCUUGUCUUGCUACAGAAAAAAAAUUCGAUUGUAAUAGAUUUUGCUGGUAUUUCUCUCUAAUCAUUUUUAUGCCACACACAUGUAAAUACACAUGAACUUUUCUAAUUCUCUCAUGUCAAAGAUGUUUUAUUGAAGGCACAAGGAAAAUAAAAAUUUAUUCAGUUUA